AUGGGAAAAGGAAAAAAGGAUAAAACUCCAAAGAAAAAGGAUUUGAGAAAAAAGGAGAAAGUAUUUAAUACAUUGAAUGAGGUAUUAAUAAAGACAUCGGGAAGAGACACAAAUGGGGAAACUAAAUAUUUUGAAAAGGGUCAAAAUGACUACAAACAAGAUGAAUUGUCAUUAACUUGUGAGGUGCGGGCUGAGAAAAUGAAUGAGAACUCAAGAAUCGAAAUCGCGAGGUGUGAUACGGAAGAUUAUAGAAAUGACAUGGGGGGAGAUAAAUGCAAUAUUAUUUCGCCUAGAAAUAUAUGUAAAUUAAAAAACUUGAAAAAUAAUGAAAUAUUUGAAAGCAAUAUGCCAGCAACUAUGAGUGUAGAAUCUCCUUUUGAGAAAACAGAUUCCUUAAUAAUCCACAAGGACAAAAGUUGUUUCCAUUUAAAAGGAUACAAUAAAAGUAUUCAAUUUUUAGAAGAUAUGGAAAAUUUUAAAAAGAAAAAGCAGAAAAUGGACGAAAUGGUUAUGAAUAUGGGUAAUAAAAAAGAAGAUGACGAUGUGGAUCCAAAUAAACAUGUGUAUCUAAAUGAUAAAACGAGGGAUAAAGAGAUGUCGCCUCUCAAUGUGCGCGAAAAAGAAACCUUGUCCUAUAAACUGAAGAAGCAGAAAAAGAUUGAAAAAUAUAAAAUUAGUAGUGAAGAAAAAGAAAAAUACAUGAAAAAAUACAUGCUUAAGUUGGAGACACAAUACAAAGAAAAAAAAGAUGAAGAUUUAAAAAAAGAAAUAGAAGAACAGAAGGAGGAAAUAAAAAAAUUUAAUGAUAAAGAAAAAACAUUCCUUAAUUAUUUAAAAAACCCUAGAUUGAAUUUGUCGAAAAAUGAAGAUUUGAAUGAUUAUUUGUCUAUUAGUCCGGAGGAAAUAUGCUUUACAGAUGUAACGAAGGACGAAACUCAGAUAAGGGAUUUAUUAAUCACAAACAAAGGGAAUACCUUACUACAUGUUAUUAUAAUACCACCGUCAAAAAAACAUUUUUUCAUAAAAGACAUAAUUAAUGUGUACAACAAAAAUGAAGAAAAUUCUAAGAACAAUUUAAAUAAUCAAAUUGCCCCGGGACAUUCCUUAAAGAUUAAAUUAUGUUACAAUGUUUUCACCAUGAAACAACAACGGGAUCAGAUAAAAAUAUUGUCAGAAGCUGGGAAUAAAACUAUAGAUAUAAAAACGUUUGUUGGAAUGCCGAAAAUUAGAUUCCAGAAAAAUUUUAAUUUUGGACCGAUUCGAUCUAACGAAAAGAAAAAAAAAUCAUUUUAUAUAAAGAACGAAGGGCAGGAAACUAACGUAUUAAUAUUACCAAAGAAGUUAUUUAGCUUUUAUGAGAAAAGGGAGAAAAUUGAAAAAGAGGAAAACAUUUUAAACUUGCUUGUAAAAAAGAAGGGGAAUUCAAGGGAAAUUCGAAAUAUAGGAGAUUGUGGAAAAACGAGCGAUGAUAGCAAAAUUAUCGAAAUAAAGGAAAAGGAAGAUACAUAUUAUACGUUCAAUAAUAUAAAAAGCUAUUCGUACAAUUUUCUCUUCCUAUACAGAAAAUUAACUCAAAACUUUGAGGAUUUAUAUUUUGAAAAUGUUUUGCAAGAUUGCUAUUAUUUGAGCUUGAAAAAUUUAGAAGAAAAAGUCGUUACAUUUUCUUUUAAAAGCAACCAAGUGGGAAUUUAUGAAAAGGACUAUCUUAUAGUAACAGACAUUGAAUGCAACUUUGGAGAACUGGAAAAUAAAAAAAAAUGUGAUUUUGUCAAUUGGAACCAAAUGAACGUUUUUCCAUUUUGCAUUAAAGCCAUUAUUGAACCUGUGCUCUUAAAUUUGUUACAUAUAAAUAGAAAUGUGAUAGGGAAUCUUUACGAACAGAAAGUUGCAGAAUAUCUACAAGGGGAAAGAAGAGACAACUUAAGUUACUUUUCUUAUAGCAACUCUUUAAACUCAUAUAAAUUUCCGGACGUCCAGGUUAACAGCGGAUACAAUGUCAUUGAAUUAGAAGUUCUAAACAAUGGUUUGAUUGAUUUAAAAGUAUUAUGUAGCAUAUAUAUAAAGACAAAUGUGGAUAGAGAAAAGAAUAAUAUAUCUUUGGACAAGGAAGACAAUGGAAUAUACUAUUAUGAUGAGGUGUUUGAUGCCACAUAUGCACAUUCAUUGUAUGACAAAGUGGCAGAAGGAAAAUUUACAUUGAAGGAAGAUGUAAAAACAAAGAAGAAAAAAAAAUUGUGUCCUAUAUAUAUAUCGCCCAAAGAGUUCACUUUGUCAUAUAAAAAGAGACAAAAAAUAUACAUAAUUUUUAGACCACAAGAAAAGCAUGAAAAUUACAAGAAUUAUUGUUUCGUUUUGGUAUUAAAGGAUCUAAGGAAAGGAUCAGAUAUAAAUAUAGCUGAUCUGCUUGAAAUACAGAAAAAUAGAGUCGAGAAAAACGAUGGUUUCCCUUUAGUAUGUAUUAGGGAGAAUAAAAUAAUUAAAAGUAGAAAAUGGAACCAAUGUUUUGGAAAUGAUAUUUCAAAAUAUGAAGUCACAUCUUCAUCAGAUGAUGAAACUUGUUCAAGUUAUUCUGAAAUAAGUGAUGAAGAAAAAUUAAAAAAUAGACAGAUCAAAAUGAAAAAAUAUUUUAAUAAGAAAAACAAGAAAAAAAAAUAUAUCUGCUUCUGCAUGAAUAUUCACGCAAACAUAAUUAAACCUAAAAUAUAUGUAAAGACGAACAAAUUGACAAAAUGUUUUUUAUUGAAUCCGCUUCAUCUAUUUAAGACCAGUUUUACUAUAAAAAAUGCUAGUGAUUUUUACGUUAAUUACUAUUUUGAAAAAUUAAUUAACUUGUCGGAUUUGUCUAAAGGGAGAAAUGGUAUUUUGUUAAGUAAGGACAUAUGUGUUGACGAGAGGGGAAGAGAUGAGAAGGCGGAUGAUCAAGUAGUUAAAAAGGGUACCCCUAAAAAUGAUGCCACAAAAAAUGAUACGGAUAUUGGUGAGGAAGCAUGUAAAAAAAAAAGAGAUGAUCCUUUUAGAAUCAAAGAAAGGUAUAUGGUAUGCUAUUACAAUUAUGCAGAUGUGCUGGCUGAUAUGAGAUUGAGAAAGAAAUGGGAAGAAAAAGAGAUUAUAGAAAAUAGAAUUAGUGGAAGUGGAAGAUGUUGCGGUAAUAAGAGAAAGGAAAAAAUAAGCGAUGGAAAAGGGAACAGUUCUAAUGGCAUCAAGGUAGAGAACAUCAAAACGAUAGAAAAAAAGGAAAAAAUAGAUAAAGAAAUAGAUGAAAUAUUAAGUAGGAAAAAUAUGAAACGAGAGAAAAAAACUAGUAGGGAGGUUAAUAUACCCCCUGUGGAUGAAUGUUAUUAUAAUUUAAACAAAAGGAUGAUAAAAUAUUUCUACGAAAUGGGAAACAGUAAAAUGGUUACAAUGUAUGUAUUGAUCAAAAAUUCUGUGAAUGAGAUUUUUAAAAUGGAAAAAGGUGAAACUAAAAAAAUAGGAGGAAAUUUUCAAAUGGAAGAAAGAGCAAAAUUGGAUGCAGAAAAUAGCUUGACAAAAAGGAUAAAUAAUAAAAGUAUGAAUGUUGUCAAAAUUGAAAAAGGAGAAUACUGCUUAAUGCCUCAUGAAAAAAAAAAAAUAGUUCUCUAUUUUUUAGUGAAUCAUUAUGGAUAUCACGAAAUAAAUAUGAAUGUAGUUUUUUACAUGGGUAAAUAUAAAAUAAAAAAAAAUGUUAAAGGGAGAAUACUAACCAAGUGCAAAGGUGUAGAAAUAAGUAGAGAUAAUUUCAUUUUCCGGAAUAGUUAUUCCCAUUAUUGCUUUUGCAAUAUGGUAGAAAUUAAUAAUUUAGACAAAGAUUUAAAAUUGAUAAAGCUCCAACAUAUUGAUGAGAAGAAAUAUGACUUCAUAUCUUUGUAUAUGCUUUAUUUAUAUGCCUUCAAACACAAGGGAAAAAAGAGGAAUAUAACCAAUCGUGAGGAUUUAUUUAACAAUUUUAAAAGAGAUGUUAACGAAUUUGUAGAAAAUGAAAUAGACAAGAGGAAUGUUAAACAGGAAGGUAGCUUAUACAAUUGUAACAUUUGCAAAUGUUCCUUUAAAUAUGAUUGUUGUAUUUCUUUUUUUGAAAGUAAGUUUUUGACGUAUAAUGAUGCAGAAAAUUAUUAUUACUACUUUGACAAAGAAAAAUAUAUAGUGGAAAAUGUAAAAAGGGAUAGCAGAAUAGAUAACCAGCUAACUGAUUAUUUUCAUUUUAAUAACAACUUUAAAGGGAUUUAUAAAUAUCACACAGAUAAGGAUUUAUAUAUACAUAACAACAAGACAGAGCACACAAAGAACCUUUUAAUUUACCCAUCCAAUUUGUUAUUACUUCCGUUAGGAAAAACAUUUUUCCUCUUUUUUUUUUUUCUCCCACACGCGGGAAAUAUAAGCCUACCUCUCAGCAUAAAUUGGAACGAAUUUUAUAAAAAAGACAUUUUUAUUGAGGGAGAGUGCAAAAAUGUAAGCAUAAAAAUCAAACAUGAUAAGAAAUUAGGGGAGACUAACAUAAUUGAUACGAAAAAAGGAGAGAAAAAUGAAGACAUAAAAGUGCGAGAAAAUUAUGUAGGAAUAUGUAGUGAUACUUUUCAGAUAAAGGUAAAAAAUUUAAACGAAUUAGAUAUUUCAUAUAAAAUAUUCUACUCGAAGAAUAACGAAUUUGAGUAUAAUUAUUACAAAAAAAAGUACAUGAUGAUUUGGAAUUGUUCUCCCAAAUUGGAUUACUACUAUGAAGAUUUUGACUCCUUUAUGAAAGUUAAUAACAUAAAAAAAGCAAAAGGAAAAGGCUUUUUUUUUCAAAGUAAUGAAGAAUUAAAUAAUGAAAUUUCCACUCUUAUAAAUAAACACAACAUAGAUGACACUGAAAAUGUAGAAAACAUUGAGAAGAAGGAUAUUCUAUUAAAGGGAAAACAUUUGAUUGAAGAUGAACGAAUUCAUGGGUGUGUCAUUAUGAAUGACUGUUGCUUAAACGAGAUAAGAGGAAAGGAAACCAAUAGACAUGAGUGUAGGUUGUUGAUAUUUCACGAUGAUUAUAUAACGAAAAAUAAAAAUUUUGUAAAAUUGAAAUUCUCUAUAAAUUUGAAUUAUUUUCAUCGUCCAGAGGUUAUAAAAGUGUCCUGUUGUUUUUAUCGACAUACAUUUGAUUUUAUUCUAAUGAAUGAAAACGAUUUAUUAUUAUCUUUAUAUAGAUAUAUGAAAAUGGCUAUUUAUAAUGAGAAAUAUUAUCAAGGGGGAGAGAGGGGUUGUGUGGGAGAUGUAGGUACGAAAGAAAAUGGAACAGCAACCAAUUUGACAGAUUCUUUCGUAAACGAACUCAUGGAUGAAUUGGAUUUCAUAAGAAUGCACAAGAACGAUAAUAAAUCAUGUGACACAAUAAACAAUGAUUUUGAGAAAAUGAGAAAAAAAUUUCUUCUUAAUUUUGAUGAAGAUGUAUUAACAAAAUUUCAAAAUUUUAUGCAAACAAUGGUACCAACAUUUGAAGAAAAUGAAAAAUUAUGUCAGAAAACAAAAAUGAAUAAAGGAGAGAGUUGGAGUAAAGAAAUAGAACAAGAUAUAUAUUGUACGAAUGAUAAUGAAGGUAGGAAAAAUAUUUUAGAGGAAAUAAAUAACGAGGUAGACUUAAAUAUGAAUAAUGAUUAUUCUGAUGGUAGUGGUGAAAAAGCGAGCAGGUUGAUGGAUCAAAAGACAAUGAAGCUUAUAUGGGUACAUAAAUUGAUACAUGGACUAAACAAUAAAAUCUGUUACGAUUUUGUUGAUUUUGUGAAGAAUAAUAGGAAUGAAUUGGUCUAUAAUGAUGAACAGGGGGAAAUUAUAGGUACACAGGAUGGCACAAAUGUCAGAACGGUGGAAUUUGAAAGGGAGCAUGAUAAUAAGGCAUUAAACAGGGGAAAAAUUGUACAACAGUUAAAUUGUGAACAAAUAGAAUAUAAAUUAAAGGAGGAAAAAAUUAGUAAACUAAAUAGAAUAGAAGAGAAAAGGGACAAAGAGAAAGAACGAUAUCUUCCAAAUGAAGGAAUAAAUUUAUUCAAAAAGUAUUGUCAUGAACUGAACAGAGAAAAUGACACCUUAUAUAUAAUAAUAAACAACAAGAACAAGUUUGAUCUUAUGCUAAAUAUUCAUUCAGAAUCGCAUAUAAAUGAUAAUUUAAAUAUUAUAUUUCAUUCCUGCAUACAUAACUUAAUUAUGCAAAAGGAAUGGCAAGGAAUAUCCUAUUUUAUUAAUGAACGCAAAUUAAACAAGAAGGAAAGUGGUGUGUGUCCAGAAACUGUCAAUUUAGACAACAUCAAUUAUGAAAAGUGGAGCAAAUUAAAACAUUUAAGUGCUGUAUAUAAAGAAAAAAACGAAAGAUACUAUUACAAUUACUUGAAUAAAGUAAUAUAUGAAAAAAGGGAAUAUUGUUUUAGCUUAAGAAAUAAUUUUUUUGUGGAUUUUUUCCAAUUUGAAAAUGUAAUAAGUUCCAUGAAAUGUUCAUUCAUAAAACUCCAUCUCUAUGCAGAUAAUGUUAAUUUAUACAAGGAUAAAAUAACAUUGAAUUUGAGCAAAACUGAACAAAUUUUCAAAAUAUCCAUUACAUCACAUAUUAAGUCACUCCAUUUGUUAAGUCCUUACAAAGAAAAGAAAAAUGGAGACAAAUAUGUUUUUGUUAAUUCUCUAUUUAUAAAUAAGGAAAUUUUAAAAAAAUAUGAAGAAUUAAGCAAAAAUGAAAAAAAGGAAGAAAUAAAAAAAAUAUGUAAAUGUUUUGAAGAAAUAUUAAAACCGUUUGAAAUUGUCAUAUCGAAUUCGAGCAAUUUGCGAAAAAGGGUUCAGUAUAGUUUCAGUAAAAUAUACUUUGGAAAUGAAAAAGAUGAACUAGGAAAAAAGAAUGAAGGAGAAGUUGGGCCUGGAGAACAAGCAAUAAAGGAAAAAUAUGCUCAAGAGGAAUGCAAAGAAGGGAAGCAAAAUGAUAAAAAAUCAAAUGAAAAUUUUGUAAAUCAGAGGAGAGUUGAUGAGACAACGGAAGAUUCAUUCCAUUCUUCCGAUACAGAAAACAGUAUUUGUGAAGGUUGUGGAAUUAGGAUUGAGAACGAGAUUAUGUAUUUGAAUAAAAAGGAAAAAAGAAAAAUGAAAAUAUUUUUAGAAAACGUUUUGCAUAAAGAAGGGAGAUACGUGUACAAAAUUAACUGUAAUUAUAGUUAUGAUUAUCCAGUGAGUAUUGAUUCUGAAAAUAAAAAUGAACUUUAUUGUAAUAUUUUAAAUGAAAAUUUAAAGAAGAAACUAUCUCUACAGUUUUACCUAUCGAUUAAUGUGCAGAAACCGAAAAUUGCGCUACUAUAUAACAGCAAAAUUUCUUAUGAUGAAAGAGUAAAAUUCGAUUUUAAUUAUUUCAACAAGAAGGCGUAUAAAAGAAUUGAUAAAAUGUACAAAAAUCAAGUUAUUAAUGAUAUAUUAUAUGAAGACAUAAACACAGUAAAUGAAUAUUUUGAUAAAAUUUUUUUGAGGAAUAAAAAUUUGAAGUUACAUUUUUUUAACCAACAGGACAUUUCUUUUUAUUCGUAUAUAUACACGAAGAAGUUUUUUCAAAUAAAAAAUGUUUCUAUAGACCACGAAGAGUUUGAUCAUUCUAACACGACAAUUUACCACAUUAAGAGCAAAAGCAAGGUCUGCAUAAAGAUAGAAGUAGAUGAGAUUAUGUUGAGAAACGAAACAAAAAACAGUUCACAUGGUAAUUUGUCCUUGAAAAACAAAAUGGAUAAAAAAUACAUAUAUGAGGAUUUUAUAACAUUUCAGUAUUUAACAAGUAAAAAACAACAAAAGUUUUGUAUAGAAUGCCAUUAUAACGUUCCCUUUUUAAUUAUGAAAGAAAAUAAGUACUUAUUUCAAGAAUUUAACAACUUGAAAGGGAAAAACCAGAAAAUUGAAAAUUGCAAAGAGUUGAGUGAUAUUGAGAAUAACCUUUCUGAUAAAAUAAAAGGAGGAAAUAUAUUAUAUAACGAAAUUGAAAUGAAAAACAGAGCUUAUUUUAUUUCAUUUAACUUUAGUGAAUUAAAAAUAUACAAAUUUUGUCUAUUUUUAUUUAAUAUGACGAAGAUUCCCGCCACUUGGGUCGUAAAGGAGGAGGAAACUUCUAGUGGAAUUUCGUACUCUAUGAAACGUGGAGAUAACAAAAUGUUCCACUUCAGUAAAACGAAAGAUAUAUUAUUUGGAAAGACAUAUGACGUAGAUAAUAUAAAUUUUGUAAAAGACGAAAACAGGAAAAAUCCCUUUCUAUUUCCUGAUUACAUUAUAGUAACUUUUACACCAACAGGAAAAAGUGAUGUAACAAAAAAAUAUUGCAUUCAAGUGGCUGACGGUGAACAGGUGGACUUUUAUUUAAAAGGAAUUUAUAUACCAAAUAAUGAUGAACAGACUAAAAAUUGUUAA